UCUGUUGACCUGUUUACGCAGUUCGUUGGUUUCGAGAAACCCUCCUUUUCGCAUCUUGCCUGCACUCCCCGCUGUCCCGCACCAGUCCAGAAUGGAGUACAGAAGUGACCAGGUCUCAAUGGCUCCUCGCACGGUUCAGGUGGUGCCUGCCGUGAUUCCCGUCCACGAUCACCUGCCCUGGUCCAUCUUCAAUCUGUUCUACAUGAAUUUCUGCUGCUUGGGCUUAACUGCCAUGGUGUAUUCGAUUAAGUCUAGAGAUCGGAAAGUUGUGGGUGACAUCGAAGGAGCUCGGCAAUAUGGAUCUACAGCACGGUCCCUCAAUAUUGCAGCCACUGUGAUUGGUGUUAUUUCCGUCGUAAUCAUCCUCGCAGUGAUAAUUGCUCAAAUGCAUGUGGCAACAAGUCAUCAGUAUUAUGGUUAGCAUGAUGCGACAACAUGCCUUGAAGUAAAAGGAGGAGACAUGAUGGUCUCAGCAGUUUAUUAGCCAUGGAAGGAGCAUCUUUGUGAUGGAGCUGUUUAAUUUCUUGAUGCAUUGUUUACUAUUGCUUACUUUGUCUGUAAUCUCUAUGGAGGCCUGAUAUACUUAAUCAACUGGCAACAAUAUAGAUCUCUUCCUUAAACUGGGGACAAGAUAUGGCUUAGAUGUUAUUAAUAAAGUAAUUGAA